UCCGUGCAAAACCCAGCUUAAACCCUUGUGUUGCUCCUCUCCACUAAGGUUUCAGUACUGCUUAACGGUGUGGUCCGUCUCCAAGCUUCUCCAUCAUGCACAGGCUCUCUAGGCGCUCCGUCUCGGCUAUCCUGCGCAGUGGUGGCUCGCGACACCGUGCCGUCGCAUCCUCUAGUCCUUUCAGUGAUUCUGUUUUAGAGGGUGAUACCCGGGUUAGAUGGUUCUCAGUUUUGAACAGUGGUAGGCAUAGCACAAUUGGUGCCUCAACUCAAUUAAUCUUGAAAAAUGGCAUUUUCUUGAGUAGCCGAUGUGAGUCAACGGCAGCAGCAUCAGAAAAUUCGGAUUCUCCUCAUCCUCCAGCUGAGAAGUAUGAGUAUCAAGCAGAGGUUAGUCGUCUCAUGGACCUUAUUGUUAACAGCUUAUACAGCAACAAGGAUGUGUUUCUUCGGGAACUUAUCAGCAAUGCAAGUGAUGCGCUGGACAAGUUGCGUUACCUUAGUGUUACUGAUCCUGCGCUUUUGAAGGAUGGAGUCGAUCUAGAUAUCCGAAUCCAAACUGACAAAGAAAAUGGUAUUGUGACCAUCACUGACACUGGCAUUGGUAUGACUCGUCAAGAACUAAUUGACUGUCUUGGCACUAUUGCACAAAGUGGAACUUCAAAGUUUUUGAGAGCACUGAAGGAUAGUAAAGAUGUUGGUUCUGACAGCAACUUAAUUGGCCAGUUUGGUGUGGGCUUUUAUUCUGCAUUCCUGGUUUCUGAUCGGGUGACGGUCUCUACAAAAAGCCCAAAGUCUGAUAAACAGUAUGUGUGGGAAGGUGAGGCUAAUGCCAGCUCGUAUAUUAUUAGGGAGGAGACAGACCCUGAGAUGCUUAUCCCAAGAGGAACUCGCCUUACGAUAUAUCUUAAGCGUGAUGAUAAAGGUUUUGCGAAUCCAGAAAGGGUUCAGAAGCUUAUCAAGAAUUAUUCUCAGUUUGUUUCAUUUCCAAUAUACACUUGGCAGGAGAAGGGAUACACAAAAGAGGUAGAGGUUGAUGAAGAUCCAGCCGAAGCCAGAAAGGAUGGUCAAGAUGAGAAAGCUGAGAAGAAGAAAACCAAAACUGUCGUUGAAAGGUACUGGGAUUGGGAGCUCACGAACGAGACCCAACCAAUAUGGCUCCGCAACAACAAGGAAGUCACUACAGAGGAAUACAAUGAAUUCUACAAGAAAACCUUCAAUGAAUACUUGGAUCCUUUAGCAUCUUCACACUUUACAACAGAGGGUGAGGUAGAAUUUCGGUCUAUACUUUAUGUUCCAGGCUAUGCACCCUCGGGGAAAGAUGACAUUAUUAAUCCCAAGACGAAAAAUAUCAGGCUUUACGUGAAAAGAGUGUUUAUUUCAGAUGAUUUUGAUGGAGAAUUGUUCCCUCGAUACUUAAGCUUUGUCAAAGGUGUUGUGGAUUCAAAUGACCUCCCUCUCAAUGUCUCACGUGAAAUUCUUCAAGAAAGCCGCAUCGUACGAAUAAUGAGAAAGCGUUUGGUUCGAAAGGCUUUUGACAUGAUGCUAGGAAUAUCAUUGAGUGAGAAUAGAGCAGACUAUGAGCAGUUCUGGGAAAAUUAUGGCAAAUACUUGAAAUUGGGUUGCAUUGAAGAUAAUGAAAACCACAAACGUAUUGCACCAUUGCUUCGAUUUUUCUCUUCCCAGAGUGAGGAAGAGAUGAUUAGCUUGGAUGAGUAUGUUGAGAACAUGAAAGCUGAGCAGAAGGAUAUCUAUUUCAUUGCUGCUGAUAGUGUGACCAGUGCUAAGAAUACACCCUUCCUGGAGAGACUUCUUGAGAAGGAUCUUGAAGUGUUAUUUUUGGUUGAUCCUAUUGAUGAGGUUGCCAUCCAGAAUCUCAAAUCAUAUAAAGAUAAAAAUUUUGUCGACAUUAGUAAGGAAGACUUGGAUCUAGGUGAUAAGGAUGAGGAAAAAGAGAAGGUGAUAAAGCAAGAGUAUGGCCAAACCUGUGACUGGAUCAAGAAACGCUUGGGUGACAAAGUUGCUAGUGUCCAAUUAACCAACCGCCUGAGCUCAUCACCUUGUGUGCUUGCGUCUGGGAAGUUUGGUUGGUCUCCGAACAUGGAGAGGUUAAUGAAGUCUCAAACCGUUGGUGAUACCUCUAGCCUAGAGUUCAUGAGAGGUAGAAGGGUGCUUGAGAUCAAUCCUGAGCAUCCAAUUAUCAAGAACUUAAAUGCUGCAUGCAAGACUAGCCCAGAUGAUGAAGAUGCACUUAGAGCUAUAGAUCUUCUGUAUGAUGCAGCCCUGGUUUCUAGUGGUUUUACUCCUGAGAAUCCCGGGCAACUUGGUGGGAAGAUAUAUGAAAUGAUGGGCAUGGCCCUUUCAGGCAAGUGGUUAUCAGCGGUUGAAGUUCCACAUCCAGUAGGCCCGAACCACCACCCAGAAGCAGUAGAAGCCGAGAUUGUUGAGCCAGUUGAAGCUGGUGGUCAGAAAUGAGAAGAAAGAUUUUCUACAUUUUACCUUAUCUUUCCCUAUUUUAUUUAGGUAUAAAUAUUCAUACAAAUAUGUUCAGUAGAAUGCAAUAGAUUUAGUUAUUAGAGCCUGUUGGAUUCGUGAUUUAGUUUCGAAUUCAAGCUUAAUGUUCAUCGCAAACUGAAGGUCAUGGACAAACAACUCCUUUCGGACUGAGUAUUCGUCGGUGAAACCAUGUAACAUCUUCUUCCCUAAUUAAUAACAGUUUCUUCAUUUAUAUAAUUCAUCA